CUAGCUCACUAAUCACUAUAUAUACGACAUGCUACAAGUGAAGUGACCAUAUCUUAAUUUCAAAUCAUAAAAUUCUUCCACCAAGUUAUGGGUUUCCUUGUGUUGCUUCUUUUCUCCCUCUUAGGUCUCUCUUCUAGUUCCAGCAUAUCAACUCAUCGUUCCAUAUUGGACCUUGACCUAACCAAGUUUACCACACAGAAACAGGUGUCUUCACUGUUCCAACUAUGGAAGAGUGAGCAUGGACGUGUCUACCAUAACCACGAAGAAGAGGCAAAGAGACUUGAGAUUUUCAAGAAUAACUUGAACUAUAUCAGGGACAUGAAUGCAAACAGAAAAUCACCCCAUUCUCAUCGUUUAGGAUUGAACAAGUUUGCUGACAUCACUCCUCAAGAGUUCAGCAAAAAGUACUUGCAAGCUCCCAAGGAUGUGUCGCAGCAAAUCAAAAUGGCCAACAAGAAAAUGAAGAAGGAACAAUAUUCUUGUGACCAUCCACCUGCAUCAUGGGAUUGGAGGAAAAAAGGUGUCAUCACCCAAGUAAAGUACCAAGGGGGCUGUGGAAGCGGUUGGGCGUUUUCUGCCACGGGUGCCAUAGAAGCAGCACAUGCAAUAGCAACAGGAGACCUUGUUAGCCUUUCUGAACAAGAACUCGUAGACUGUGUGGAAGAAAGCGAAGGUUGUUACAAUGGAUGGCACUAUCAAUCGUUCGAAUGGGUUUUAGAACAUGGUGGGAUUGCCACUGAUGAUGAUUAUCCUUACAGAGCUAAAGAGGGUAGAUGCAAAGCCAAUAAGAUACAAGACAAGGUUACAAUUGACGGAUAUGAAACUCUAAUAAUGUCAGAUGAGAGUACAGAAUCAGAGACAGAGCAAGCGUUCUUAAGCGCCAUCCUUGAGCAACCAAUUAGUGUCUCCAUUGAUGCAAAAGAUUUUCAUUUAUACACCGGGGGAAUUUAUGAUGGAGAAAACUGUACAAGUCCGUAUGGGAUUAAUCACUUUGUUUUACUUGUGGGUUAUGGUUCAGCGGAUGGUGUAGAUUACUGGAUAGCGAAAAAUUCAUGGGGAGAAGAUUGGGGAGAAGAUGGUUACAUUUGGAUCCAAAGAAACACGGGUAAUUUAUUAGGAGUGUGUGGGAUGAAUUAUUUCGCUUCAUACCCAACCAAAGAGGAAUCAGAAACACUGGUGUCUGCUCGCGUUAAAGGUCAUCGAAGAGUUGAUCACUCUCCUCUUUGAGCCGUAAAGGUUCAAUACAACGAGUGCUUGUUUUCUUAGGGACAAGCAUCGUACUUAUGUAUGAUUCUGUGUGACCACGAGUCUUCCACGUUGUACUAAUGUGAAGGGCAAAAAUAAAACACAGAACAAGUUCGUUUUUCUCAAAUAAUGUGAAGGUAGAAAAUGGAACCAUGCCUCCUCUCUUGCAUGUGAUUUAAAA